CUAGACCAAAUAACAUUUGUGGAUAACAGUAUAUUCAAAAUAUUCGGACGUGGGAAAAAGAAGUAUAGGCCACAUGUCAAUAACAACAGAGAAAAAAUGAUGAGAAAGAAGAAACAAGCCUGCAAUUCAGUUGAUCCCCCCUCUAUUGAUCCCUCCUCUAAUGCAGAAAAUUCAUCCAACCCCAUAUCCAAUCUAGCAACUUCAUCGGACCCAAUAUUCACUCCAGACAUAUCUUUCUUCAACACAAAUUACAAAGAUUUGAAUGAUAAGUACUUUUAUCAUAGGCCUUUGUUAUUGGAGAAGGGUGCUUUAUUGGAUCAAUUAAAAGAUAUGGGGUGUGAUGUCAUUUUUGCUCUUCAUCAAUGGAAUUUUAUAGUUGAUAUCAAGAAGACGGAUAAAGCAUAUGAUACAUUGGUAAAGAUAUUUUAUGCAAAUAUGCAUGAUAUUAAGAAAGAUGAUGACAAGUUUAAGUCUCUUGUUAGGAAUGUAAGAUUUGAACUAACCCCGAAUUUAGUUGCAAAAAUAUUGGAAGUUGCCGACCCUUCAUUACUAAGGAUAAACUUAACUAUCCAUACAAGAAUUUUUAGGACAAACCUUAGUUGA